CUGUGGCCGUGUCAUCUUCCGAACUUACACGUCGUCGUUUUAUGUGUUUUUAUUACACUGCAAUCUUAUCAGAUUUUACCUGAUUCCUACAUUUUCUUAUUUGGUUAUAAGUAAUAAUGUCGUCUAAUGAAGAUACUGCUCAACUUAAGGCGGGGCACCCGCCUGCAGUUAAAGCCGGUGGCAUGAGAAUCACCCAGCACAAAGUCCCACACCCUAAAGACACUAAGGAGACUACCAACGAAGACUUCACCGGCCUCGCUGGACCUUCCCCAGUGCCGUCCAACCCAGUCUCUAUCGCUGGGGCUCCGAACAAAGGUAACGCGGACUUUACUCCAGAAGCCGCUCAGGUAGCUCACAGUCCAAAGCCUCCAGCGCACAUCAACUUCCGGCCACAGCCCAACAUCCAACAACCCCGGAAGUAGAUUGGAGUAACGACUGCAUAUCAUCUCUUAACGUUUACAUAAGGUAUUUGACGGUAAAGUACAAUAAGAGUUGUUUUCAAGCCUUAUUUCUAAAUCGAUAGCACUUUUAUGUGCUAAAUAUUUUUAUUUUCUUUUAUCUAAAACACUGCUUAUCCGUACAAAUCAUAUCUACUCUACUAUCUACAAGUUCAUCGACUUUGAAUCAACCUAAAUAAUGUCAAAUCCAGUGCACCUGUUCAAAUAUAUCUUUCAAUCCUAUUGUUUUGCGUAACUUCACCAGUUACCAUGACCAGUUAAAAGACUGAUAUGGUUGAUAGUGAUAAAAAUGAAUUUAUUUAUAGUACUACUUAUUUAAAAUUGUUUGUAUGUUUUCAUGCAAACAAAUAAAUACUAACUUUAAUCUUUUAAUUUGUUUUGAUUCAAUAUUUAUGCAAAUAUUACUAGUUGUUGACACCUGAUUGUUUGGCUUAUCUACAUAAACUGUAGAGAACCGACAAACAGUGAGUCAUUCGAUAAAAAUACCUUAUGUAAACUACGAACCCUACCCUAGUGAUUAGAUUGGUAUAUUAAGAGCAAAUUGUAUUAUAAAUAAGUUCAGAAUUUAUUUAUUUAUAAGUGAAUUUGAACAUAAAUCAAACUUAAUAUCUUGCUAUAACAACCUAAUCAGAUGAUGGCGAUACGGCCCACAAGUGCUUACGCUGCCUAAAGUUAAUUCGAACCCACAUUAUUUCUUCGUGCAAUUAUAAAAGUGGCUACAGCCUGCCUUAUUACGGUAGUGUGAGAUCAUGCAUCAGGCAGCCAUAGGCCUUGAGGGGUUAACCUGAAUAUAAUUAUCCAGCAUUGACAAUUAAAUGAAAAUAAACUGAGAUUUCUUUUCUGUGCUGUACAGUAAAAAUUCUUACUGAAAGCAAUAAAAUCUAAAGCAAUUAAAUAAGCAACAACUUUUUCUAUUGUAGGUAGUUACUUUAAAGAUUAUAGUAGUAAUAGAAAUAACUUAAAUAUGUAACUGUUAUAAUUAUAAUGUUAAAAGUAGUUAAUAACAGCUCAAUGUGAAAACUGUUGUUGUCUAAAUUUUUUAUUGAAAAUAGUCUGCUUUUUAAUUUGUGUCAAUAAAAAAAAGUUAAAAAUUAUUAAAAUGUUAAGAUAAAAAAUAUCUAAGUAAGUUAAUAUAAGAAUCUAUUGUGUGUGCUUUUAUAUUGCUGCUUCGACUUGAAAAAGGCGAUUUUAUUUUGCACAAGUAAAAAACUUUUUUAACACUGGGAAAGUGUACAUCCUUGUUUGCAUUUUCAAAGCAAUUUUUUCCUAUUACUUUUUAAAAAACCAUGAAUAUUUUAAAUGUUAUAAAUAAUAACAUUGGGGUGCAGCAAUAAAUUAUUUAACUGAUGUUUUUAUUUGUUAUAAAUCCACUUUCAAAGUUUCAUCUAAAAUAAAUGUAUAUUGGUUUGUAGAUAGAAAAAAAUAUUAUAAGAGUGGAUUUAAAAAAUAUUGUUAUUUAGACAUUUGUUUUCCAGAUUAUUAUUGUUUAAUGGUUAAAUAUUUAUUUGGUGCUAAGACCCUCGGUCCAUUAUUAUCCUUUGUUAAUCGGAUGCAUUUUGUUAACAUUCCUGAUUUCUUUUCAAAACAGUUUAUAAAGAUAUAAUUU